UGAUUGGACCGUUGUGGGAUACAUUCAUCCUUCAAUCCAAUCACCACCUUAUCCAUUCCCGCUUUAAUUUCCCCCCUUUUCACGACAGCAAUUUUUUAGACACAAAUCUCCCAUUUCGACGAAUUCAUCUGAUUUUUUCGAAUUCCAGAAGAAAUUGGAUACAAAUUUCUCUAUGGCUCUUCAAGCAGCUUCGUUGUUUCCCUCUACUCUCUGCAUUUCGAAAGAGAAUAAGGGAAUUGCAAUAAAAGAGACAUCUCUGUUUGGAGCUGCGCUGCCGGCAGGAAUUAAAGCCGAAUUUAGCCCAUCUUUUCACAAGCAAGAGUUGAGGAAAAAGCUAUCAAAUGGAGCAAUCAAGGCACAAACAGCAGCCACAGCUCCGGCCACAAACCAGGCAUCCUCGGAGAGGAAGAAAACCCUACGCAAGGGCAGCGUGAUCAUCACCGGUGCAUCGUCGGGGCUAGGCCUUGCCGCCGCCAAGUCCCUCGCCGAGACCGGGAAAUGGCACGUGAUCAUGGCGUGCCGGAACUUCCUCAAGGCCGAGCAGGCCGCAAAGUCGGCCGGCAUGGCCAAGGAGAACUACACCGUGAUGCACCUCGACCUCGCCUCCCUCGACAGCGUCCGUCAGUUUGUCGAGACCUUCCGCCGCUCGGAGAUGCCGUUGGACGCUCUAGUGUGCAAUGCCGCGAUUUAUCUCCCGACCGCCAAAGAGCCGACUUUCACGGCCGAAGGGUUCGAGCUGAGCGUCGGCACCAACCAUCUCGGCCAUUUCUUGCUCGCCCGGCUGCUCGUCCACGACUUCAAGAAGUCGGACUACCCGCUGAAGCGCCUCAUCAUCGUUGGCUCCAUUACAGGGAACGACAACACCUUGGCUGGGAAUGUGCCUCCGAAGGCGAAUCUCGGGGAUCUGAGGGGCCUGGCCGGAGGUCUGAACGGCGUCGGCAGCUCCUCCAUGAUCGAUGGUGGCGAGUUCGACGGAGCAAAGGCCUACAAAGACAGCAAGGUUUGCAACAUGCUGACGAUGCAGGAGUUCCACAGACGCUACCACGAAGAAACCGGCAUCAGCUUCGCCUCGCUCUACCCCGGCUGCAUAGCCGAGACCGCUCUGUUUAGGAACCACAUUCCUCUGUUCAGGAUUCUGUUCCCACCAUUUCAGAAGUACAUCACCAAGGGCUACGUCUCGGAAAAAGAAGCCGGAGACAGGCUUGCACAGGUGGUGAGCGAUCCGAGCCUGUCGAAGUCGGGGGUGUACUGGAGCUGGAACAGGACGUCGGCCUCGUUCGAGAACCAGCUGUCGAAAGAGGCGAGUGAUGCGGAGAAGGCGCGCAAGCUGUGGGAGGUGAGCGAGAAGCUCGUUGGGUUGGCUUGACGACUGUCUGAGGAGGUAUUUGGUUAAUGAAGUUUGAGGUUAAGAGAGAGAGCCUUGUAAAACAAAUGAGUUGAAACAAUCACAAUCAACAGAGUUUCAAAAAUGAAAAACCAAGUAUCACUUUUUUCAAAGGCAAUGGGGAAGUGCCUUUGAAAAUCUAUUUAUUUAAACAAAUAAAUGAGUUUUUUCAAA